CUGCGCGUUUUCGGGUUCCCUUUCCUGCGAUAUGCGAAGUCUUACUUACCAAAGGGGGGACUGCACUGGGAGCGGCAGUGGAUAGCAGCGCCACUGCGAGCUUAGUGCCACAGACAGUCCGACUGUCUCUUUUAAUCGUUGUGCGCACUCUACAGUUUUGCAACAGCAACACCGCAUCGCUUGUUGCCUCGCACAGUUCCAGGGAUUGUGAUCUUGGGGAGAUGGCCGAAUUCAGACAGACCUUAUCGUCUUUAAUUACUGCCUGCUUGCAUUGUGGAUUUUAAAAGUCGGUAGUAUCACCAGGGCAGCGUGGCUCUUAUCCAUGCUUGGAAAUUCGCGGAACCAGCGCAAGUGGAAUUACGCUCUGAACCACAUUUAUUGUUAUUACUAUUUUACUUUUUGUGCCGUGGUGCUCAGUUGGAUGCAGAUUCUGCACAGUAUUACCCCGCGAUCAAGCAGUGAAGAGAGGGUUGUGUGGUUGACUGAAGCCGUUUUUGUUGGAUGUAAAACAAUAAAGGUUUAAUUUCUCCCCUCUCCCCUUCCCUAACCUUCAAUAUGACUUCUCUUUCUGGGAAUAAAGACAGAGUGACCACCAGAAGCCGCAAAUACGGGAUCACAGAUACUUCUCCCACCAAAUCAGCCUCAUUUUCUCCGGAGACAUGGUACCGUAAAGCUUACGAAGAGUCCCGGGCCGGUAGCCGCCCCGCCCCCGAGGGUGCAGGAUCCAUGCCCGGUUCGUCUGGAACACCAUCCCCUGGAUCUGGCACAUCCUCUCCUGGCUCAUUUUCUGGCUCCCCUGGCACCACAUCCCCGGGAAUCCUUACGGGCUCUCCGGGUUCUCUGGGCGGUUCCCCUGGAUUCGGCACUGGAUCACCUGGUUCUGGCAGCGGGAGCUCACCAGGGUCUGACCGAGGAGUUUGGUGCGAGAACUGUAACGCGCGGCUUGUGGAGCUGAAGAGGCAAGCGCUGAAACUGCUCAUUCCUGGACCCCUCUCCAACAAGGACCCCUCGUUCCCAGUGCUGCUCCAGGACAAGCUCCAGGUCCCCAACAGCACGCGCAAGGCCUGGAACGAGCGCGACAGCCGCUGCGAUGUCUGCGCCACCCACCUCAACCAGCUGAAACAGGAGGCCAUCCACAUGGUCCUGACCCUGGAACAGGGCGAGGCGUCGCCCAGCUCGCCCCCGCCCCUUGCCCUCGCCAGCCUGCCCGGCCUCGUGGGCUCCCGCGGCGCCCAGCAGGGCCCGCCCCGGGACUGGGCCUACCUCCCCUCGGCCUACCACACCUCCAGCUCCUCCUCCACCACCCCCGCCACCAACACCACCACCACCAGCUUCUACGCAGGCUACCCGAAGCACGGCUCCAAGCCCAACAGCCUCGGCGUGGGCAACGGGGUGGAGAAGAAGAACGGGUCCCCCGGUCACGCCAGCAAGCCCGGCGCUCAGCUGCCCACCCACCCGCCCGUCAGCCCCAGCGUUGCCAAUGGCAACGGGAACAUCCUGAGCUCCACGGCCCUGCAGGCCCAUCAGUACGUGGACGGCACCUGGUCCAUGUCCCGCGCCAAUGGGGUCACCCUCUACCCCUAUCAGAUCUCCCAGAUGAUCUCGGAGGGGUGCCGGGAGGGACUCACGGAGGCCGUGCUCAACCGCUACAAUGCCGACCGGCUGCCGCCCUACAGCUUUCCCACCCCCCAGGCCCCAGUGGUCACCGCAGCGCCCCCUAGUGGCACCUCGGCCGCCGCCUCCUUCUUUGCAAGAGCUGCCCAGAAACUGAACCUGUCCUCCAAGAAGAAGAAGCAGCGCCCUGCACCCCCCCUGGCGUGCGACCCGCCCCUCUUCCCCACCAACUUCAGUGGGAUCCUGCAGACCUCGCCCCCCCCGGCCCCGCCCUGCCUGCUCCGCGCUGUGAACAAAGUCAAAGACACCCCCGGACUGGGCAAGGUCAAAGUCAUGCUGCGGGUUUGCCCGGCUCAGCCCGGAGACGCCUCCGGGUCCAGCUCCUUCCUGAAGGUGGACCCGCGCAAGAAGCAGAUCACCAUAAUGGACCCGACCGCCAACGGCCCGCAGAACUCCCAGCAGAAACGGGGCGGAGCCAGUCAGGUCCCGCCCAAGAUGUUCGCCUUCGACGCCGCCUUCCCCCACGACGCCUCCCAGGCGGAAGUGUGCGCGGGCACCGUUGCCGAGGUCAUCCAGUCCGUGGUCAACGGAGCCGACGGCUGCGUUUUCUGCUUCGGGCAUUCGAAACUGGGAAAGUCCUACACCAUGAUUGGGAAAGAUGACUCCAUGCAGAACCUGGGCAUCAUCCCCUGUGCCAUCUCCUGGCUCUUCAAGCUCAUCAACGAGCGCAAGGAGAAGACGGGCGCCCGCUUUUCGGUGCGCGUCUCCGCCGUGGAGGUCUGGGGCAAGGACGAGAACCUCAAGGACCUGCUGUCUGAGGUGGCCACGGGCAGCCUGCAGGACGGCCAGUCCCCUGGGGUCUACCUCUGUGAGGACCCCAUCUGUGGCAUGCAGCUCCAGAAUCAAAGUGAGCUCCGCGCCCCCUCAGCAGAGAAGGCCGCCUUCUUCCUGGAUGCUGCCAUUGCCUCCCGGAGCAGCAGCAGGCCUGACUGUGAUGAGGAGGAGCAGCGCAACUCGCACAUGCUCUUCACCCUGCACAUCUACCAGUACCGCAUGGAGAAGACCGGCAAGGGAGGCAUGUCUGGUGGGCGGAGCAGACUGCACCUGAUAGACCUGGGCAGCUGUGUGAAGGUCCUAAGUAAGACCCGGGACAGUUCCACUGGCCUCUGCCUCUCUCUCUCUGCCCUGGGAAAUGUCAUCCUGGCUCUAGUCAACGGCAGCAAACACAUCCCUUACAAAGACAGUAAGCUGACCAUGUUGCUUCGAGAGUCUCUUGGCAACAUGAACUGCCGCACCACCAUGAUUGCCCACAUCUCAGCCUCACCUAGCAAUUUCUCUGAGACCCUCUCCACCAUCCAGAUCUCUUCGCGGGUUCUGAGGAUGAAGAAGAAGAAGGCUAAACAGUACACCUCCAGCUCCUCUGGGGGUGAGAGCUCUUGCGAGGAAGGGAGGAUGCGUCGGCCCACCCAGCUGCGUACAGUGAACUCCCGAAACGUGGUGGACCCUGAAAUGCCCCUGCUGCACCUCUCCAGUGACCCAGACGACUACUCCAGCAGCGAGCAGUCCUGCGACACCGUCAUCUAUGUGGGGCCUAAUGGGUCCGCCUUGUCUGACAAGGAGCUUACAGACAACGAGGGCCCCCCGGAGUUUGUGCCCAUCAUCCCAUCCCUGCAUAAGAGCAAGGCAGAGCAGGGGAAGCCGGCGCAGUGGGUGGGCCCAGAGCCAGAGCAAGCCCGCCCCCUCCUGCAGCAGCGUCAACCCACGCAGCCAGCACAGCUGCAACCACCACAGCCACAGGAGGUGGUGGAGGAGGGAGGGGAGUCCGGCAAGCAAGAGAAGGACUGCCUCAAGUGCAACACCUUCGCCGAGCUCCAGGAGCGGCUGGGGUGCAUCGAUGGGAGCGAGGAGGUCAGCAGUUUCCCCUUUGAGGAGCUCUCCGCCAACCGGGUGGCUGGGGUCGGGCCCGUGUACGGGGGCCAGGCAGAAGGGGCAGCCAAACCCGUGGUGGAGACCCAGAUGCACGCAGCAGCCAGGCGCAUCUCUAAUGAUCCACAGCUGGAAGAAAUCCGAGAGGCAGUGGAGGAGGCGGAGAUCGCCCAGUCUAUGAUUGAGAGCCUGUCAAGACCAGCGGUGGGUGGUCGUGCCCUCUCUACCAGCAGGAGUGUGACAGGUGGCAGCAGCAGUGGCAAUGCCACACAGUCCGUACCCCUCCAGAGAGCCAGGAGCUCCAAUUUCUAUGACAGCAAGGAGGGCACUGGAUCCACUGAGGCUAAGCCCCGCCCCAUGGGCUCUCCCAGGCUGGGAGUGGCCAGCCUAACUAAAACUUCAGAGUACAAGCCACCCUCAUCCCCAUCCCAGCGUUGUAAGGUGUACACCCAGAAGGGUGUGGUGCCCGGUGUGGCCCCACCCUCAUCCCCACAGAGCUUGAGCCGGGACAGUGGGAAGUCCUCUACUGAGUCCCUGCUGCAGCCUGAGUCCAGGACCUCCCCUGUGGGCAUGAGCCCUCAGGCCCCAAAAAGGUCCACCUCUCCCAUUAGCGCAUGCUUCUCCUCAGCUGAGACCCUGGAUGAGGACCCAGCACCAGCGGUUGCUGCUGUUGCCACGGUGACAGUUCAGCAGCCACUGGAGUUGAAUGGGGAGGAUGAGCUGGUGUUUACCCUGGUGGAGGAGCUUACCAUCAGUGGUGUUCUGGAGAACGGUCGGCCCACAAGCAUCCUCAGCUUCAACAGCGACUGCUCCGUGCAGGCUUUGGCUUCUGGCUCCCGCCCUGUCAGCAUCAUUAGCAGCAUCAGUGAGGACUUGGAGUGCUUCCCAAGAGCUAUCAUCAGUACCACCUCCACCCCCACCUCCACCACUAUUUCGGAGGUCAGCAUCUCCAGGUCCCUGCCUCUCCCAAAGGCCGAGGGGGAAGUGGGGGUGACUGUGCCCAGCCGCCGCUCCUCCAUCAGUUCCUGGCUCAGUGAGAUCAGCACCGGCAGCGAUGGAGAGCAGUCCUGCUACAGCUUUGUUGCCCAGCAGAGCUACGGGCAAGGGGAGGCCCUGGCUGAGCCCCUGCAGUUUGACCUACUGGAGGAAGGGUCAUUUGAGGACCCAAGCAAAGAUGGGAAUCUAGAGGAUACAGCUGCAGAUGUAGACAUUCCCACUGAGGGGAAGGUUCUGGAAAAGAGCGUCCCAAGUAAAGAGAAGCUGAAGAGGCUGGGCAAAACCACAAUCAGCGUCUCCAAUGCGCAGAUACUGGGUGCCCAGGGUGGCCUCUUUCCCAUCAGGACCAACAUCAUAGUCCAUCCCUGCGUGGCUGUCAAGCCAAUGGUCCACCAGGAUGCUGCCCAGGUGCUCUCACUCACCAAAAGCCUACAGCCGAAAGGCACCAGGGCAAAGCCCCUCCUGGUUUCUGGAGACAUCAGCUUUGAGGACCCCUGGAUGAAGAGGGAUGGUGAGGAGCCCAAACCACGGGAACAAGCCUGUGAGGUGAAGGCGGAAAGGAGGGCGGUGGACAUGGUGAAGAGCUUGAACCCUGCUGACAGGCUCAGCUCAAGCAGUGGGGAGGCGGCCUGCUCCCCCGACACACUCAAGCGGGUAGUGGAUGGCUGUGAAAUGAUGCUGGAUGGAUCAGAGAACCUUGCUCCUGUGCAGUCAGCUGAUGUGCUGCGCACAGCCAGCCUCCCACGUGGCUGGCACCGCAUGAACAGGCAUGAUGGCCUUGACGAUGCCUCACUGCGCUAUGUGGGUGGGGAGCACAGGGGACCUGGAGCCACCAGCUCCACCCCCUGCAGCCCCAGGUCCACGCUGGAAAGGAAGGGGUCGUCAUCAAAGCAGAGCCUCUUCGCAAGGCCAAAAGGGAUGCCACCCUUGCCUCCAGUGAGGAAGUCCAGCCUGGACCAGAGGAACAGAGCUGGCCUGCAGCAUGGCUCGGGGAGCACCCAGGCAUUGUUCCAAGGCAGCUCGGGUGAGGACUCCGGCAGCAACGGAAAGCUAAAGGGCCCUGGUGUGGAAAGCAGCAGCAGGCUCUUCAGUGCGAAGCUAGAGCAGCUGGCCAGCAGGACCAACUCCCUGGGGAGAUCUCAUGCAGGGCACUAUGACUGCUUGUCUCUGGAGAGGGCUGAGAGCCUUGGCUCAGUCGGGUCCAGGAGCACCAUUGGGAGGGACUGUACCAUGCCCCGGGCUGGCAGGAGCCUGAACCGUGGCUCGGUGUCCUCGGCUGCCGCCGGCCCAGGUGGAAACGGCAGCGCGCCACAGUCGCCUAAGGCAAGUCAGUCGAAGAUUUCGGCAGUCAGCAAGCUCCUGAUGGUGAGCCCGAAGGCCCGCAGCCUGUCAGCCUCCAGCACCAAGACCCUGAGCUUCUCCACUAAGUCCCUACCACAGUCCGUGAACAGGAGCUCCAGCAUGCCCCCCAAUGGGAAGAACCAGAACCAGAACCAGAGCCAGAACCAGAACCAAAACCAAACCCAGAAUCAGAGCUCCUGGUCCACUCAGUCCCUCAGCCGCAGCAGGGGUUCGAGCCUUGCUGCCAAGCUCCCCCUACGGGCUGUGAACGGGCGGAUCUCUGAGCUCCUCCAGGGCAGCGGGGGUUCCCGUGCCGGACACGCCCGGGCAGGGUCCGAGUCUGAGGACAGGGGCGGGGCCCAGGGAGAGGAUAGACCGGCGGUGGUCCACACCCUCCCCUCACCCUACAGCAAGAUCACUGCUCCCCGCAAGCCCCAUCGCUGCAGCAGUGGGCACGCCAGCGACAACAGCAGCGUCCUGAGUGGCGAGCUGCCACCUGCCAUGGGCAAGACCGCCCUCUUCUACCACAGCGGUGGCAGCAGCGGCUACGAGAGCAUGAUGCGGGACAGCGAGGCCACAGGCAGCACCUCCUCCGCCCAGGAUUCAAUGAGCGAGAAUAGCAGCUCUGUCAGCAGCCGUCGGAGUCUCAAAAACUCAAAGAAGAGGAACAAUGGAGGGACCCAGCGGAGACGACUGAUACCCACGCUCUCCCUGGAGACGUCCUCCCCGGUCAGGAAGCCCAUCAUCAGCCCCGGGGUGCGCUGGGUGGACGGCCCGCUCCGCCCCGCCCAGCGGACGAUAGCCGAGCCCUUUGAGAUCAAGGUGUACGAGAUUGACGAUGUGGAGCGCCUGCAGAGGAGGAGGGGUGCGGGUAACAAGGAGCUGGUGUACUUCAGCGCCAGGCUAAAGAUCCUGGAGCACCGGCAGCAGAGGAUCUCCGAGGUGCGGGCCAAGUACGACUGGCUGAAGAAGGAGCUGGAGCAGACCAAACAGCAUCUGAUGCUGGCGCCGGAAAAGUGGACCAGAGAAUUUGACCUACAGCAGACGUUUGAGGUAGACUCCCUGGAGUACCUGGAAGCCUUAGAAUUUGUCACCGAGCGACUGGAGAACCGGGUCAACUUCUGCAAGUCCCACCUGAUGAUGAUCACCUGCUUCGAUGUCACCUCCAGGCGGCGAUAGAGAAGGAGACGGCGACGGCCCUCUCCGCUUCUGUACAGCAAAGGAUCCAUGGGAAGUUGAGCAGCUUGGUCGUGGCGGGAAGCUGAGGGUGGGCGUUGAGGUGUGGCGGUUAUACAUGGUUUCCUGGUAUUAAGGAGCGAUACGCAAGCGGAGAAUAUUUUUUAAAAGUUGUGGGGAAGGGAAGAACAGGUGGACUGUAGAGACUGACAGCGUUUGAUGACACGCCAUCUCCAGUGAGACUGGCAGAGCACUUUCUUUGAGUAACUUCUGAGUCCUACGGUUGUAAAUACGUCUUGCAUGCUCGCUUCGAAGAAGACCUGACAUGCCAGCGGAAACCAUCGAAUGAGGAGAAAGACAGAGAGAAAACAAACCUGAAAAAGAAAAAAAAAGGACAACAAGUGCCUUGCGAAGACUUCUGUAUUGAAAUUGUUUAUUUGUGUACAGUUGGUGCUAGCUGAAAUAGAUUUAAAAAACAUACAAAAAAAACACAAAAAAAUGCAGCUUGUUUUACUUGGUGUUUUAUCCUGACUUGCUGUUUAUCAGUCCUUUGUACUUGUAUUGUUAUAUAAUAGACUAAAAAUUCCAACAUGUUACAAAAUGUUACGUGUAUGUUUUCUAUUAUUUUCUAUCUUCCCUAAAAAAAAAAAAUCUGAGACCAUUUGGAAUGUGUGGGUUAGAACGAAAAACAAGGCAAAAGGUCGGUUUGGCUCAUUAAUUUUUUUUUUUUUACCAUUCUUGGCUACACAUGGAGCAAGACCAGGUCUUCCCCUUGUGCCAGCAUCAGAGAAUGACAAGGCUGCGUUACCCGUGGCAUUGAGACUUAAACAAACCCAAACUGCAGGAGCCGUCAGUACAAGUGAGGGAGAAGGAGAAAACGGCCGUCGCACUUAAAGCAGUGCAGUGACCUUUGUGUUUGUUGACUUCUGAGGCCACAUAUGGAAAGAUUUUUGUUUCACCCAAAGGGAAAGCCCUCUUGUUUCACCUCUUGAGACGGUCCGUAUUUCACGGCUGGAAAUGAAAACGGUUUUUGGUGUAACAGAUAGUGUAGAGUGCAGACUUUAAAAAAUUUUUUUUUUUUUUUUAAAUUGUCGGCUAAAUUAAGGUGAGGAGAAUGAAUUUAACUCCGCCGUUUGCUGGACCAAGUAUGUUUUUCUUUGACAUCAGACGAAAAUGAAAUUGCGGCUAAAUAAGGACUGCGUGGCCCGAGGGGGGAGGGGGUGGCUGCUGUGCGUACGCUGGUUACCUUGUAAACUAGCUGCUACAGCUACUAGCGGCUAAUUAGCCUUGUACUCUGAUGCUGAUUCACUUGUGUAUAAUAUCAUGAAAAAUGUUUUAGAACAGGGUACAGACACUCUCCAGCAGUCAUCAUAUAUUUUAUCAAGCAUUAAAAAAAAAAAAAAAUUUAGAGCACAUAAAAUGGUGGACAAAUUCAGACAUUUUAAUCAUUAGGCACUAACAGUGGCGGUGCCCCAGAAAUCCUCUGAGUCCACCCCUAAAUUAAAUCACAGACCCCAGUGAAGUCUGAAACAUUAAUCUCCGGUCAGAGGUCUCUUUCGUACAAAAACUACUGCAAAACCCAUGCACUCCAUGUGGUCUCACUGCAGUGGUGCACACACCUUGGCUAUGUUGGUCUUCAUAGUUUAAGCUCUAUGUGUUUAUAUAUACAUAUAUACAUAAAGUCUGUUUCCUGUACUAACUGUAACCCCACCUACUUCCAUACCUUUGAACAAGUCCCCCCUCCCUCCCUCCCAACACAACCUCCCCCCCAUCAGCAAUAGUGGCUGCUGGAUUAUCAUGCCCCACCCAUUACCUUUAUCACAGUAAUGAAUGAAGGAAAUUAUUUAUUUGUAAACUCAGGAGGCCUGUUUGACAAGAGUUGCUUAUAUUGUAUAAUUUAUUUACACAAUAUGAUUUGCAAAGUGCUAUGCAUUUGACCAGUAGCUAAGCCCAUUAUAUAUAUGUAUAAUAUAUAUAUCAUAUAUAUACGUGUGUGCGUGUCACACUCUCACUCUCUCUAUAUAGACACACACACAUUCUUUCAUUUCUAUUUUAUAAAUGUUUUCCUUUUUCUGCAAACGUGCUUGUCUUGAAUUGUGCGGGAGAGUGGGUAGGAACCUUUUGAUCUGAAAAUGGAAUGCUGCGUUGGUUUGCAGGUCAGUGUUUGUCUAUGGAAGAUUGCUUUUCAUGACCUUGUGAAUCUUUGGCCAUGCUUUUAAAAGUAACAACGUGUGGUAUGCAGUGUAUAGCAGAAAGGCUGUUACUUUUUUUAACCCCUUCGUGCAGAUGCCAAAUCUGGCCAAUCCUCACUCAUUUAGGUAGUGUUCUACUUAAGGCUGUAUAACUCGAGAUGUGAGCAUCACAGAGACGUUGGAAAUGACUUAAAUGAAGCAAGACACUUGUAACAGUUACAGUACUGAAGUUACAUUCACCAUUUGGCAAUGAAAUGCAGUGGGCACAUAUAUCGAACAGGUAAAACUAUACAUUUUCUUGAUCAUACACUCUUUGCCCGCAAGUGGGCAAAAUCUGAGGGUUAUAUGUGCAACUGUAAAAGAUCUAUGUAGCAAAAUGUGAACAGUGUACCCUGGUGUCCUUUAGUGUAUCCAAAUCAAUCAAAAAUAUCCAAAUUGUGCAUUACUGUAAAUCAUUACAUAAUCAUAUUUCACAGCAAACCAACUGAAUCAUGAAACUCACUUUUACAUACAUUUCAACAGGGAAUAACCUUUUAAUCGGUACUUUUUAAUCUUUUCACCAGUAUAGGAAUCUAAGAUAUCUAGUGGUCAAAAACCUCACUGAAAUCUAACAAAAUGCUUUUUGUGCAUUAUAAAGCAUAUACAUUUGCCCCCAUAAUGAUUUUAGACGAAACAUUAAUAUCACAUGCACAAAAAUUAUGCAAAAACAUUGUGUCACACUGUGGUACACAUACUUGAAUAUGUAAUAAUUCAAUCUUGCAUGUUCUUCCGUACUCUACAGUAUAUAAUAUUUUGUUGCAUGAGGAUGGGUCAAUAUUUUACAAAUGUUACUAUUUAUGAUCACUCCAAGGGAAAUUUUACGUUCAUCCAGCACAUGUCAGCGCACAGUGACAGUCCAUGCCCUAAGUGACAAGUAUAGCCCAUGGAGAUACUAAUACACCCACAUUAUGUACAAUAAGAUUGCAAUAAAAUAAUAUUCCACCAUCAGAAAAAUAAUAGAUGCUAUUGUCCAGUGCCAUGCUUGAGGGGGUAUAGUUGUGGAUGAGACUGCAGGGAAGGGCUGCUUGUUAAAUGGACAACUUAUGUGACAAAGGUGGCACUUAGAAGCCCAUAUUUGACAUAUUUGUUUUGCAUUAUUUACCGAUACAGCGAGAACAGAGUUUCCAGUCAUAGUUUGGUUGCAGGGGCACUGAAUGUCUGAGUUCCACAAUCUCAGGAUGCCGGAAUCCUGGCCACUAGGGGGCUUGCACGAAGGGGUUAAUCAUUAUUUUAUUUUUUACACAUCUGUUCACAAAUAGUGGCUAGGCCAGAAGUGUGACUCAACAUUGGUGUGGAUUCACAAAAGUGUUUUUGUUUGGUAUGAUAUGUAUUGAAAGAACUAUUGAAAUUCCUUAAACUCUUUAGAGGAGAUGCUGAAUGAACGAGGUGUUGUGUCCUAAGUAUAAAAGUAAAACUAAGAUGGACAAGAGUUCAACUGCCAUAAGAAUAAAUAAAAUAAGAAUAAAAUGAAUAUGACUGCGACAUGAGGACUGAUGUAAAUAAAGGAGUGUUGGAAGAAA